UCACACCUUCAGUUAUAAAAGCGGACUGCGCGCCGGAGUAGAACCCCCGCCCCCCCCUUCUCCAAUCGAUGUUACUCGCGCACACGUGCAAGCGCUCCCACGGCGCAGCAGUGCUUUACGGCUGAUUGCGACGACACGGGGCAGGCAAGCGAGCGGUGAUGGAAGCGGGGCAGACUAACGCCGUAAAAGGCCAGUGUGCAGGUGCGCCGCAACAAGGCGCCACGGUCAGCUUCCAUAACAUUCACUACAAGGUGACGCAGGGCGGAGGAUGUUUGUGCUGGGGGAAGAAGACCACCUCCAAAGAUAUCCUCUUUGACCUCAAUGGGAUCAUGAAGCCGGGGCUCAAUGCCAUCAUGGGAGCGACCGGAAGUGGCAAGUCGUCGUUCCUGGACGUUUUGGCUGCCAGGAAGGACCCGGCAGGGCUGUCGGGUGAAGUCCUCAUCGACGGCGCCCCUCAGCCUCCCAACUUUAAAUGUCUGUCGGGAUACGUGGUACAGGAUGACGUGGUGAUGGGAACGCUAACAGUCAGAGAGAACUUCAGCUUCUCCGCGGCACUCCGUCUACCGUCUAGUGUUCCUCAGGCCGUUAAGGAGCAGAAAGUGGUCCGACUGAUCCAGGAGCUCGGACUGAGCCGCGUUGCCGACUCCCGGGUGGGCACGCAGCUGAUUCGCGGCAUCUCGGGGGGUGAGCGGAAGCGGACCAACAUUGGCAUGGAGCUCAUCAUCGACCCCCCUGUUCUAUUCCUGGAUGAACCCACCACCGGACUGGAUGCUAGCACCGCCAACUCUGUGCUGAAACUGCUCAAAAGGAUGGCCAGCGGCGGGCGCACCAUCAUCCUUUCCAUCCACCAACCUCGCUAUUCCAUCUACCGCCUCUUUGACACCCUCACCCUGCUAGUGAACGGCAAACAGGUAUACCACGGUCUGGCGCGGAGUGCCCUGGCCUACUUUUCAGAAAUCGGAUACACCUGCGAGCCUCACAACAACCCCGCGGACUUCUUUCUGGACGUCAUCAACGGGGACUCCACCGCCGUCGGCAUCGGCAGCGCGGACGGAGAAGAGUUGGACUCGGUGUUGAAAUCCAGGCAGGGAAUCGAAGACACGCUGGUGGAAGAAUACAGGAACUGUCGUGACUUCAAACAGACCAAAGCGGAGUUGGAGAGACUCAUUCAGGGUAAGCAGGCCGGCUGCUCUGCUCCCUCCAGAACAAUCACCUACAAUACCGGCUUCCUGACGCAGUUCCGCUGGGUGCUUAAGAGGACAUUCCGCAACCUGCUGCUCAACCCGCAGACCUCCGUCGCUCAGGUUGCAGUUACGUUGUUCCUGGCUCUGGUUGUUGGGGCCAUUUUCUUCAAUGUCCAGGAUGACCAGAGUGGGAUCCAGAACAGAUUUGGCGCCCUCUUCUUCAUCACCGUCAACCAGUGUUUCAGCUCCUUGUCGUCGGCCGAGCUCUUCAUCGCAGAGAGGAAACUCUUCAUUCACGAGUAUAUAAGCGGUUACUACCGCGUGUCCGUCUACUUCCUGUCCAAGAUCCUCUCGGACAUCCUCACGUUGCGGACCAUCCCCGCCAUUGUGUUCAGCUGCGUGGCCUACUUCAUGAUUGGUCUGAAACCGACGGCGGAGGCCUUCUUCCUCUUCGUGUUCACUGUGAUUCUGGUGGCCUACACCGCCACCGCCAUGGCACUGGCCAUCUCUGCCGACCAGACAGUGGUGGCCAUCGCCAACAUCUUCAUGACCAUCGCCUGCGUCUUCAUGAUGAUCUUCGCAGGCCUGCUGGUCAAUCUUCCCUCCAUCGUCAGCUGGCUGGCUUGGUUGAAAUACUUGAGCAUACCUCGCUAUGGCCUCGGCGCUUUGCAAGUCAACGAGUUCUACGGGCUGGACUUCUGCCAGGGCCUCAACAGCAGUAGUCUUCCGCCGGGGAUAAUUUGCAGGGGGCAGGACUUUUUGGACGAGCAGGGCGUGGAAUACUCCGCGUGGAGCUUCUGGCAGAACCACGUGGCCCUCGGGGUCAUGACCCUGUGCUUCCUCGCCAUCGCUUACCUAAAGCUGCGCUUCAUCAGGAAGUUCACCUAGACCGGCGGCUGAGGCGCAGCUGAACACAAAAACAGAACUUGACCUCCUGCACCAGAGUCCGAACGGCGUAAGCGAACGGCGACUUACCGCUUUUUUUUUUUUUCGUUUUUUUUCGCACACAAAAAUAAAAAUGCACAACUUUCACAUCCACAUUUAAUUGCUUGGAUUAGAAUUUUUUUUGGUAUAUUUUAACACGACUUUGUUUUAUUGUUCAUUAUAGUAUCAUUUUCACGACUUGUCUUGUACUUCUACAUAUUUUGUAAUUUACAAUUACAUAUUUAGUAUAAAUACU